ACAUUAUUGCCCUUGCAUUGGCCCUCUUAACAGUCCCAGCUGAAGUGUUUAGCUACAGGUCUGCAUGUCAUGGGCUGCGUCUUCUCUCUGCCAGAGGACAGGAGAGAUGCUGCUGAGAGAGCACCCACCUCUCGGGAAACGAGUUUCAUCGAAAAAAUGAAAAAAACCGGAAAGAACAUCAUUGUUUUCUACGGCUCUCAGACGGGCACAGCUGAGGAAUUUGCCAGCAGGCUGGCCAAAGACGCUCAGCGCUACGGCAUGAAAGGAAUGGCUGCCGAUCCGGAGGAAUACAGCAUGGGGGAACUGGCCCGUCUGGCGGAGAUCCAGAACUCCCUGGCCAUAUUUUGCAUGGCCACAUACGGAGAGGGAGACCCCACGGAUAACGCCCAGGACUUUUACGACUGGCUGCAGGAGAACGACGAUGAAGACCUUUCUGGGCUGAACUACACAGUCUUUGCUUUGGGCAACAAGACAUACGAACACUACAACGCAAUGGGAAAAUAUGUGGACAAGAGGCUGGAAGAACUGGGGGCCAAGCGCAUCUUUGAUCUUGGUUUAGGUGAUGAUGAUGGCAACCUCGAGGAAGACUUCAUCUCUUGGAGAGAACAGUUCUGGCCGGCUGUCUGUGAGCACUUUGGUGUGGAGGCAUCAGGAGAUGACUCAAGCAUUCGGCAGUACGAGCUGAAGGUGCACACUGACGUCAACAUGAACAAAGUGUACACCGGAGAGAUUGGCCGUCUGAAGAGUUUCGAAGUCCAAAAGCCGCCGUUUGAUUCCAAGAACCCUUUCCUGGCUCCAGUCACUGUGAACCGUAAACUGAACAAAGCCGGCGACAGACACCUCAUGCACCUGGAGUUGGACAUUACAGGCUCCAAGAUCAGAUAUGAGUCAGGAGACCAUGUCGCCGUUUUCCCCACGAAUGACUCAGAGCUGGUGAACAAGCUGGGACAGAUCCUUGGCGUGGACCUUGACGUGGUUAUCUCCCUCAAUAACCUUGAUGAGGAAUCCAACAAGAAGCAUCCUUUCCCCUGUCCUACCACCUACCGCACAGCGCUCACUCACUAUUUGGACAUCACAAACCCUCCUCGUACCAACGUCCUGUACGAGCUGGCGCAGUAUGCCUCCGACCCCAAAGAUCAGGAGAACAUGAGAAAGAUGGCUUCCUCCUCCCCAGAGGGCAAGGCUCUCUACCAGAGCUGGGUGUUGGACUCCUGUAGGAACAUCCUGGCCAUCCUGGAAGACAUGCCUUCAUUGAAGCCCCCCAUUGAUCACCUAUGUGAGCUGCUGCCUCGUCUCCAGGCUCGUUACUACUCCAUCGCCUCUUCUUCUAAAGUCCACCCCAACAGCAUCCACAUCUGUGCCGUGGUGGUGGAGUACGAGACCAAGACGGGCCGCGUCAACAAGGGAGUAGCAACCACCUGGCUGAAAAACAAACUGGUCAACGGCCACAAAUCCACCGUCCCCAUGUACAUCCGCAAGUCUCAGUUCCGCCUGCCGUUCAAGGCCUCCAACCCGGUGAUCAUGAUCGGCCCGGGCACCGGGAUCGCUCCCUUCAUGGGCUUCAUCCAGGAGAGAGGCUGGCUCAAAGAGCAAGGGAAGGACGUGGGAGAAACUGUGAUGUAUUUCGGCUGCAGACACAAGAACGAGGAUUAUAUUUAUCAGGAGGAGCUGGAAGAGGCAGAGAAGAACGAAGUCCUAACGCAGCUUAAUGUUGCUUUCUCCAGAGACCAGGCGCAAAAGGUGUACGUGCAGAAUCACCUGAAGAAGAAUAAGGAACACGUCUGGAAGCUGAUCCACACAGACAAUGCUCAUAUCUACGUCUGCGGUGAUGCGAGGAACAUGGCGAAAGACGUGCAGACGGCUUUCUACGAGAUUGCAGAGGAACUUGGAGGCAUGACUCGCACCCAGGCUACAGAUUACGUGAAGAAACUGAUGACCAAGGGACGCUACUCACAGGAUGUGUGGAGCUAAAGAUCCUCAGGCACAAAGCCUGACUUUUCACUUCUGCAGUGAAAGUUUUAAAGUCCCUGUUUUUUUUUUUUUCUUUUUUUUUCUUUUUUUUUUUUUUUCCAUUUUAUAUAUUCUUCAGGACUGAAUAUGAGAAAACAAAAGUCUUGCUCGUAUUCCUCAUGAGGGCUACAGGUUAGCUUUGGAUGAUGAGGCGAACCUCGCCUCAGCACCUUUAGGAGUUAACAUCAGCAUUUCUCACCUACUCAUCCUGCAUUACAUGUCUCUGCGCCUCCAGCAGGCUGAGGUCCUCAGUCUGACCCCUGGUGUCAGGCGCCUGACUGAGAUUUACCUCUUUGGUUUCUAGAGACCGUCAGGAGUGUCCAUUAUAUAUAACAAAAUGUUGGCUGUGACUUUCAAAGUUUGGAGAAGCAACGUUUGGGAAGUCUGUAGUUUUUCUACCUUCGGCUGGAGAUGAGGGUUGUGUAUUCCUGGUGCAGUAAGAUCAGUUCAGCUUUCACAUUAACGGUUGCCGAGUUGCUGCAAAGCUGAUCUGGUCGUUCUUUUUCAAUACUUUAAACGUGUAAAAUACUUUAAGGAAAACUGCUUCAUCGCUAGGUAAAUGUUUCUAUGUAUUUUGAGAAGGGAAUUGUAUAAAGAGCUUAAAAGUGAUCUACAGAAAAACAUGAUUAUGUCCCUCUGUCUCCUGCUUGACACCUAAAUCUGUUUGAAAGGCUACUUUAAAAAAAAAAACAAGUAUGACUGUGGAACUGAAAUCUUUACCUGAUCAGACGCUGCAGGGAGAUUCGGAUCGAACGGACUCUGUGUUGUCUGGUACCAGCGUGUAGCAACCAUCUAACAAAAGUGUCUGUUUUGUGUUUAUUUUUCCGUCAGUCUUUGCUCGUUUACAGAGAACAUUUAAAGAUGGAGGUAACUGAGACCAUCUAGAGUCCACUCUUGUGCCUUUUAAAAAAACUGCCUUAUAAGAUGUUUGCAUUUAAAACCAUGAAGUUGUAUAAUUUUUAUUUUCUUUCAGGCUUUUCCAUAGAAAAUUAAAAUCUUAAGAGACACUUUAUCUGGCGCUGUCACUUUUUUUGCUCUACUUUUUUAAUGAAAUUAUUUGUAUGGAGACAUGAAUUUAUAAUGAAUAAAAUCUGACUAAUUUG